UGUUAUAGCUUCUUUGCUCUAAUGGAUAGCCUUCUAAUUCUGGCCACAUUACACUUUCCUGAUUCUUAGGAAGAACAGAAAGCAUUCCCUUUAUAAUUCUCAUAACGACCCAAAAAAAUGCCAGAGAAGCUGAGGGUGGGGUCCCCUUUUUCCACCCUCCCUCCAUCUCUGUUACCUUUCUCUCUUUUAUAACCUCUCUCUCUCUCUCUCUCUCUCUCUCUCUCUCUCUUCUCCUUCCCCAAUUCCGUUUCCUCAAUUUCCCUCUUUCCAAACCCUCACGUAAACCAAUCUCCAGGUGUUCAUCUCCUCCUUCGAAAAAGCCGUCGCAGUUAUGAGCUCCGUUCACCACCACCGUCUGAGUUUCACGUACGCCGUAAAGCAUGAGAUUCUAACACUCUUCUUUCUCGUACUUGCAUUGCCGGAGAUUCCUCAUGCCGGAGCUCAGUCGAGUCCCAACAACGACGAUCACCGCCACCACGACGACGACGACGACGAUGGCUAUCCUUACACCAAUCAGUUCACGCCUUCAAUAGCCAUCAUUGUAGUGGUCCUUAUAGCCGCACUUUUCUUCAUGGGAUUCAUCUCCAUUUACAUUCGCCGUUGCAACAGCGGACUCAACGGCGAAAACAAUGUCAUCGCCGUCGGUGGAGGCGCUGGGAGGUCCCGACGACCUCGCGGACUGGAUCGUGCCGUGAUCGAUUCGUUUCCUACCUUCGUUUACUCAUCGGUUAAGGGGAUCAAAAUAGGAAAAGGCGCGCUGGAAUGCGCCGUGUGCUUGAACGAGUUCGAAGAGGAAGACACGCUCCGUUUAAUCCCCAAAUGCGACCACGUUUUUCACCCGGACUGCAUCGACGCCUGGUUGGAAAAGCACACCACGUGUCCGGUUUGCCGAGCUCAACUCGCACCUCAACCGAACGAAUCGGUCCACGCCGAUGGAUCACAGACCGCGACCACGACGACGACGACGAUGGCGGCUGCGGAUAUCGAAACUCAAAACGGCGACGCUUCGACGGAACAAGGAGUUGAACAGAGCGGCGAGAGAGAUAGACAGAGACAGCAUGAGGUAUUACUGGAAACUGAAUCGGAAAUUUUGGAAUACUUAAGGGCAAAAUUGAACCGGAAUCGUAGAUCCAAAUCCACGCGUAGACUGUUCAACCGGUCUCACUCGACCGGACACUUGAUGAUCAAACCGGGAGAUGACUUGGAGCGGUUCACAUUGAAGUUACCGGUUGAAGUUAGAAAGCAAAUAAUAAACCGGAAACUUCAUAGGGCUACGAGCUUGGUGGUUUUGCCAAGGGACGAGAGUAAGACGAUGUCGUGUAGGAGUAGUUCGAAGCGACCCGAGUGGUUGAACCGGUUGUAUGUGUCGGACAGGUGGAUCGCUCCGUUUUUUACGAGGAUGUUAUCGCGAAAAGUGGUGGCGGGUGAUGGCGAGGGGACAUCGACUCAGCCGGUUUUAUCGGCAGUGCAACGAAGUGGUUCGGUUCAGCCUCCGGUUUAACGACUACUUCUACUAGUUUUUUUUUUUUUGGUUAGUAUUUUAGUUUUUGUUCUCUUUAAGGAAAUUCCAGUUUUAUUGUCGAUUUUCUAUGAGCUGCAUUAAUUAUUCUCGGUUCAAAAUGUAAAUUGUCAAUACAACUUUAUAUUUUGAAGACUUUUUAUGAUA